AUGAAGGGUGGUGGUGGAUGGUCCCUCCAACUUCCAGACCUGGGCAGACAAAGGGGCUUUCACAAAGAGAGGAGGAGGAUGGCCAGCGGGAAUGGGCUCCCCUUGUCCUCGGCCCUGGUGGCCAAGCGCCCGUCUGCCCUGGGCCCGUUCCCCAGAUACAUCUGGGUUCACCAGGACACACCCCAAGACAGCUUAGACAAGACUUGUCAUGAAAUCUGGAAGAGAGUUCAGAGCCUGCCAGAGGCCUUGCAGCCCAGGACCUCGAAGGAACAGCUGUCUGCCCCCAUUGCUGGGACUCCAAGAAACAACUGGCUUAGCCUCCAAGAAGAAGCUCUGGAGCUCAGCAAUGGAAAAGAUGAGAUCUCCCUGUUGGUGGAGCAGGAGUUCUUGAGCCUGACCAAAGAACACCUCAUCCUGGUCACAGAGAGUUUGGGGAAGCCAGAGGCACCCAGCAGCUCUCCCAAGGGGCCUAGACAACCAGCUCCAUGCUUUUUCAUGCCUCCUCUGGUGGCAGGUAGCAGUGAGUGCCCAGGAGCCUCUGUCAUUGCCAGUGACAAGCUUCUGGAGCCGAAAGCGGCCAUGCCUGUUAUUGGCAGCCGGCAGGCCUGCAAUUCUGCCCUGUCUACAGUCACAGGCAUUCUGCGUACUACCAAGGUCAAGAGUACCAAGGGGAGAGAAGACAGGGGCCACAGCCUCAGUGCCUACAACUCGGAGAUCAGAACGCUCCUGACCCAGUUUCCACUGAAGUCCAUGGAAACGUCCAAGGCCCCUGACACUAAGGUGACACUGGAGGAGACAACGGUCAUCAAGGACUUCCUGCAGUACAGCAUGUUCGGUGGCCCCCGACCCAGGGAGCCCGGAGGAAUGGGCCCGUUCCUGCUGCUGCCCCCCACGCCUCCUCCUGCACCCUCCAAUAAGCUCUCCGAGCUUCCUGAUCAGAAGAGGCAGCUCCCAGUGUUUGCCAAAUUCUGCUCCAAGUCCGAGAUGAACCCUGCUGUGGAGGGCCACCACUUGAUGGACUGGAACCCUGGCACCAAGGAACCAACCAAGGGUCGAGAGAGCCUCUUUCUCAGUCAGUGGUCCCAGAGUUGGAAGAGCACCUGUGGUGAAGAGAAUUGCAGUGACCUAAUGGGCUCCAUGUCCAUAGCCCUGCCAGCCAAGAAGCCUGUAUGGCCAGCUGAGAAGAAAUUGCUCUGUGAGUUCCUUGGGGCCACUAAGAACCCGAGUGGGCAGCUGAGGCUUCACAGCAAAGAGGUGGAUGGGCUGGAGCUAAAAUAUAGCCCACCUGUGACAGUGGCCGACAAGAACAACCUCAAGUAUGCAGGGAAUAUCUUCAACCCACACGUUGCCACCUCCUUAACUUCAGCAUCCCUGAACCAGCCACUCUGGCUCAACCUCAACUAUCCACCUGUGCCAGUGUUCACAAAUCAUUCCACCUUCCCACAGUAUCAGGGUCUAGUCCCACAGCGGACACCCAGGAUGCCCUAUCAGCAAGCCCUGCACCCCCCGCUGGGGUGUUACUCCCAACAGGUGACACCGUACAAUCCACAGCAGAUGGGACAGCAGAUUUUCCGCUCUUCCUAUACCCCCCUGCUGAGCUACAUCCCCUUCUUCCAGCCCAACUUUUCAUACCCUCAGAGGACACCUCCAAAGCUGUCCACCAACCCCCAAGACCCUUCCCCCAUGGCAGGAGACGGACCACAGUUCCUUUUUCCCCAGCCAUAUGGGUUCGGCUCAGCGUCUGGUGGGCCCCUGAUGAAUAGCCCCUAUUUUUCCUCCAGUGGGAAUGGCAUAAAUUUUUAG